AUGUUAUUCGCAAAGAGUCUGUUGAUUAUGACAGUUUGCUGUCUUACAACAUCCUCGCUGGCUUUUACAUGGCCUUCUACCAUCGAUGGAAAGCCAUUUCCCGACAAGUGGUUCCAAAUCAGCCUCAACGAAACCAGUCUCGACACUCGUGAUGUCGCCGAACUUGCUGAACGUACUCCAAUUACUGUAUGUGAACGGACACUUGCCGCAGUGGCUGCAUGCGUUACCAUCGCCUCAUAUGUUGUCAACUUUUCGAGAAACAUCGCUACAACCAUCAAAGAUCUGUCCAACGGGGGAAACUGCAACGCUAUGCACGGCACCUUUGAGGGCCUAAAGUGGACGUACUACUCUACUGGCCGCAACUGUGAUACCACUGCUCAACAUGAUACCAUUGCCGGUGCUAUCAAGAAAUAUCUGAACAAUGUCGAGCAUAACAAUAUUUGCGGUACUCAGUGCCUUCGCAUKGACCAUGGUGGAACCUGGGAUGGAUGGUUGAAGCUGGGCCCCGUUGGUAGCUUCAACGAGAAUGCCUACUGUGGUCCCUCCUUAUCCUUUGACAGCUGUCUCUCCGGGGGUAAUAACGAUAUCUGA